AUUGUUUAAAGCAUCUUACCUAUUAGAGAUUGUUCUAUCACAUGAGGAUUAUCUUCCACAAUAUUUUGUUAACGUUUUCCUUCUCUUGAAAUUCCUCCUGGUUUUUGCAGGGUGUAACAGAAAGAAUUGGACGAAGUUACCAAGUGGACUGAAUACAUUCCUACAUCUAGCUUUUUCUUGUCCCAACUAUUUCAAAGUAAAAUGUCGAUUCGAACAAACAAGAUGAAAGCAGUAGCCGUGUUGAUGAAGCAGUUGACGAUAGCAAGGAACAAAUUCCAUGAAAAGGGAAGAGAUGAAUCAUUUGAUAAGAAAUUGGAGAAGUUGAGGUUGGAUCUGAAGAGAAUAAAGGAUGUGUUUGUGGAAGUGAAGAAGAAUGAAGAAAAACUGCUGGACAAAUUAGCAGAGGUGUAUGGCCAUCUUCAGAGGUUAGACCGUAAGAAGCUGGAUGAAGACAUGGAGGGCAUUUGCAAGAGGAUUAGAGAUUCCGCUCACAAUUUGCUCCCAACGCUUGUUUUUGACGACUCAUAUAAGGAGGAGGAUGACAGGGGUGCCAAAAUAUCUCACUCGUCGAAACAAUUGGUGCAGCCCCAUCAGAGGCAGAGUUGGACUGCGGGAGAUUUUAACCCGCUAGACAAUCCAUUCAACGAUUUCUUGUUGCGUCUCCUAAUUUUUCCUGAGAACGCUAUCAUAAGGAAAAGAAUUGCAAUUAAUUUGUGGAUUGCAGAGGGUUUGAUCGAAAAUACAGAGAAGAAAACAGCAGAGGAAUUGGGUGAGGAUGUGGUUCAUGAUCUUUUGAAAUUUAAGGUGAUUGUACGCUACGGUAGUACAAAGGAUCCCCAUGUCAAUAAAUUUCGAAUUUCUCCUGACAUCAAGUUUUAUGUUGAUCGAUAUAUAAAUUUUAUUAGACCACCCUGUUUAUUGCUUGAUAGAAAAAAAUUUACAAUAGGUGGAAUUGAUACAAAAGGUGUUACUUUAAUUAAUUUUUUUAAUAUUGGUUCAAGUUAUCUAAAUUUUAAACCGCAAUGGGUCACCGAUCAAUUGAAAGAUUUAAAGGUGCUUCAACUAGGGCGUUGGCAAGAUUCAGCUUUGCAUCUCAUUGAAGUUGGGAGUGAAGAAUUCUUGAAAGAGUUGAUAAAGUUAAAGCGGUUGAAAUAUCUGAGUCUACGUGGGAUAUCAAGAAUAUUCGAGAUUCCAUCCUCCGUUGCUAAACUUGAAAGUCUACUAAUUCUUGAUCUGAAAGCUUGCCAUAAUUUAGAGACACUACCUGAUGAUAUUUCAUCAAUGAAAAGUCUGACACAUCUGAUUAUGUCUAAGUGUUGCUUGCUGGAGGGAAUGCCAAAGGGGAUUGAGAAGCUCACUAAUCUCCAAGUACUCAAAGGAUUUUUAAUAACUACUUCUGAAAAGACUCCUUGCACAAUAUCAGAUCUUGCUAAUAAUUUGACAAAUUUAAGGCGACUCAGCAUACUUAUUGGAAGUGAGGCCGUGAUCAGGGAUGGGGAGUUCCGAAGUUUGGAAAAUUUUCCAGCACUGAAGCAUCUUAAAAUAUCUUGGAGUGUGUCUGACCCAAGGUAUGCUAAAAUUGGUAUCCGUUUGCCAGUAAGUUUGAAAAAGUUGCAUCUUGAAUGUUUUCCUGGAAAGAGUGUUGUAGAAUUUCUUCCUGAAGAGAUUUUUGCAGAAAUACUAGAGCUAAAUAUAACUGGAGGAAAACUGGAAAAUAUAUUUGUAAACAUAAUAAGGUGGAGGGUGAAAAUACUGCGUCUAAAGUACCUUAAGCAAUUGAAUGUCGAUAUAGACGAUUUGAAAAUAUUCUAUCCUUCCCUACAAUAUUUAGAGAUUAAACAAAUUUCAAACCAUUCAUACAUUGAGCAUAGAUAUGAAUAG